AGGCGAUUGUCAUGUGAUGGCAAAGAAGUGGCACAUUAAUGAAGCGCCUCUGCAGGGGUCUUUUCUGCUCAUGUCACCCCAUAAAAACUAUCAGAUGGUUAGAGGAAGGACAUGGAGGCAGCUACUUAGCUCACCUUAAUCGAGCCAGAGAGGAGAGAGGAGCUCGAUCCAUUGAGCUGGUAGAGGAAGAGGAAGCUUGUAUUCCUGCAGGCUGUGAAGAAGUGAAGAUCAGAGCUCCUGGACGAAGAACAAGAAGAAGGGUUGUUUUAAGAGAGGAACACAAACCAAGACUUGGCUUUUCCACCCACAACCAGCGGAUUGUCCAUGCACCAACUUGUUCCUCCCUGUGUUAUAACUUCAUGAAUUGUCCUCGCGCAGAGAGUCGCUAACUUUACGGACUUGCACUCUCAGAUCUUUCAAAACACACACUUCCACAAACAAGAACUACCUCGUUGCUGAAGUGAACGCGGACCAGGAAGCCUCCAGGAUGCCUCGCCCGGGCAGGAACACUUACAGCGACCAGAAGCCGCCCUAUUCCUACAUCUCCCUGACGGCCAUGGCCAUCCAGAGCUGCCCAGAGAAGAUGCUGCCGCUGAGCGAGAUCUACAAGUUUAUCAUGGACAGGUUCCCGUACUACCGCGAGAACACACAGCGCUGGCAGAACUCCCUUCGCCACAACCUGUCGUUCAACGACUGCUUCAUCAAGAUCCCACGGCGGCCCGACCAGCCGGGCAAAGGCAGCUUCUGGGCGCUGCACCCAAACUGUGGCGACAUGUUCGAGAACGGCAGCUUCCUGCGGCGCCGCAAGCGCUUCAAGGUGAUCACCCCGGACCCGCUGGCGGCAGUCGGCGCCAAGCCCUCUGAGGCGGCGCACUACCUGCAGCAGCAGCACGCCAAGCUGCGGCUGAGCGCGCUGGCCGCCACCGGAGCGCACCUGCCUCCGGUGGCCGGCUACAACCUUGGCGCCGCGUCGCCCGCCUCCACGUUCAAGCACCCGUUCGCCAUCGAGAACAUCAUCGCGCGCGAGUACAAGGUGCCCGGCGGCCUGGCCUUCUCGGCCGUGCAGUCCGUGUCGGCGGGCUACCCGCUGCACGGGCAGCUGAGCAGCGCGUGGCCGCACAUGUACGGAGCCGGAGCCGCGGACACGGCCGCGCCCAUCUCCAUGGCGAGCGCCGACUACGGCGCGUAUGGCGUGCCCAUCAAGUCGCUGUGCCACGGUGGCCAGACGUUGCCCGCCAUCCCCGUGCCCAUCAAGGCCACGCCGGCGUCCGUGGCUGGUCUGUCGGCGCUGCCGCACCACCUUCCCGCCUUCCUCUCGAACUCGCCGCAGUCGCUGAGCCCCACGUCGCCGCACGCCGCCGCCAGUCAAAGCAGCCCGGGCGCGCCGAGCGACGCGCUCACCAGCCCCGCUGCCCUGCAGUCCGUGGCCGUGCACUGACGUGGACACUCCCAAAAAAUAUUAUUAUUAAUAAUAAUAAAGUUAUGUGGAGGCGAGGGCACGAACUGGACACUUUCUCCAAAGUUGGACUUUUUUAUUUGAAAUUUUAAGAGAUUUCAAGAGCUGUCCGUGUUGCAGUGCUGUUCAUUUUCUGUGUACGUGUUUUAUCCCGUUUUUUAAUGUGUGUUGCUUUAAAUCGUGGGCUGUUCGUCUGAGCACACGAAUCGAGGACACAUAUAGGCCUGCUUUAUUACUCUUACUACUUUUAUCCUCCGUUUCUCUCCCGAGAACAGACUAGCCCACGGGUUUUAACUUCAGCAGUAACUCUACAGAGAUGUGUUUCUUUCGGCCUGCUGGGUGACGGCUGGCUAAGAACAGUCAAAGUGUCCGUUUUAAAACGGACUAAAACUGGGCGUCGUAACGCUAGCGCUAGUAAGAUCUGGAGGAAAACAAACUCUUACAGACAGUUAAAGUCACUCCUGUAGCGCAGUUUUAAUGCAGUUUGUAGUGUAAAAGUCCAACGAGCAAAUCUGGCAGACGUUGCAUGUUAAAAUUCCUCCUGUCUGUUAAUGACAGCGCAGAAGCUCAAAGACUCACGUUAUUUCACGAAAUAACAAAACAACAACAACAAAUGAACAGAAAAUUCUCUCUUCAAUUUCAGUCUUCAAACCAAACCCACCGUCAUUCUGAGACUCGCAGGCCUGCACUGUAUGCUAAGACAUCAGACUUGAAAACACGUUUUAAAAGAGGCGCUAAUCGUGAAAGACGAAGUAAAUAUGUGAAUAUUUGCAAAUAAGUGAUAUAAAACUGUGUAAAAUGCACUUUUUAGUUAGAUGUUUUAGAUGAUCUCUAUUUUGCAGGAGAUGUUUUGUGAAGCAUUUAAUUUAAAGCCGUGGUGACCAUGUGGAUUAAAUGCCGUACAUUUGUACUUUUUUUUGUUCAGAUAUAAAGCAUGCCUUUUCGAAAACUUUGUGUUGUUUUGCUGCAAGCAUGCGUGCUUUAAAAGUGUGCAAAAAAAGUCUGCAUUAAAUUAUAAACUUGGUCAUCAGAAUAUUUUUUCAUUAAAAUUAUGCAAACCUCAAA